AUGGUCCACUACACCUAUGUCACGUACCAGAGUACUGGAGACGGAAACCUAGGCGAAUACUUCAACUGGGUUAUGGUCACCCCUGAUCGCAAUACUGCCAAUACAUAUUUCCGUGCCCUGCAGCAGUUUCAGACUGUUAUCGACUCCGACGUCAACGGUAACCCAGGUGCCAAGCGUACUUUUACCUCUGUCGACCGUUACAACUCUCAGUUCUGGACUUACGAUUCAGACAAUGGUGAGAACUUUCAUCUCGCCGCCCGAGCGCUGUGUGGUAAUCCCAAGAUGAAACAAGUGAAUCCCGACUUCUCUAGCGUUUUCGGCAAGAUCAGAGUUUACUGGAUCGGAGCCUAUGCGGACGGGCGAUUCCGUACCUUCUUCCCACAUGACGAUGGUGCCGGCGGAGCCGAUGAUGGUGAUAUGUUGUCCGGCUAUAGCUUUUUCGUGAAGCGUCGCGGUAUCCACGACUAUUGGUGCCUCGCCUCUUCGGGAUAUGUCAUCCUUGCCAGUUCUCGGCGGUCACGAUUUAUCUUUACGAUUUUGCAAAAAUCAGGGCAAAAGAUGUAUCCUAAGAUGCCGAUUACGGAUGAUGACGAGGUCAAGAUCGAGGUUCUUGACCAAGGGUUAAGGAUCCCAAUUGGCGUCAACAGUAGCAACCAGUUGGUUGUGGGGGCGGGUCUCAGCCACCAGAGAUUCACAUUCCAUGAUUUGAAGGCUCGCUUUUCUCUUUCGCAAGGUAGAACCCAACAUGCAAAUGGUGACGAGAGCCUUUCUAUUGUGACCUGGACCAGCACGGAGAGCUUGGGAAGUGCCGACUCCUUUGAGAUUAUCGAUGGUAUUAAUCUGAACGAGACCGAGUCUUAG